AUGCCUCGCUUCUCUUCCACCACGUCAAUGUCGUCACUCCGCCUCCGCCUCCGCCUCCGCCUGCACGCCUGCCACUCCUCCUCGGCCUCGCAACCCUCACGCAGCCAGGGAUGGGAUCCCCACGCCGCCUUCGCCGUCGCCACGGAGUGUGCGCGCUCCGGCAACCUCACCCCGGAGGGCGCACAUAACCUGUUCGACGAAUUGCUGCGGCAGGGCAAUCCUGUCCUGGGGCGCCCCCUCAACAACCUUCUCGCCGCCCUCGCCCGUGCGCCGGCGUCCAGCUCCUGCAGAGAUGGCCCUGCACUCGCGGUCGCCCUCUUCAGCCGCAUAUCCCAAGGCGCCCGCCUAAGGGUGGUGCACCCAACGGCCUGCACCUACAGCAUCCUCAUGGACUGCUGCUGCCGCGCGCGCCACCUGGAUCUGGCACUCGCCUUCUUCGGCCGUCUCCUCAGGACUGGGCUGAAGGCAGGCGCCAUAGAAGUCAACAUUCUUCUCAAGAGCCUCUGCCAUGCAAAGCGGGCAGAUGAGGCCAUGGAAGUGCUUCUUCACAGGAUGCCUGAGCUGGGUUGCACCCCUGACUCGGUGGCGUAUAACACGGUCAUCCACGGGUUCUUUAAGGAAGGCCAAGUAGGCAGAGCAAUGGACAAGGCGGAGUAUUUCCUUCGUGAAAUGGUUGAUAAUGGUGUCAUACCUAAUAAUGUGACAUAUAAUAGCCUCAUCCAUGGAUAUUCCUCUUCAGGCUAUCAGAAGGAGGCGGUUAGGGUGCUGAAAGAAAUGACAAGUCAGGGUAUCAUACCAGAUGUUUUUACUUGCAACUCGCUCAUGGCCUCCCUUUCCAAGAAUGGAAGAAGCAAAGAAGCUGCAGAAAUUUAUGACUCCAUGGCCAUGAAGGGCCUGGAACCUGAUAUCGUCUCGUAUAAUACUCGGCUUCACGGGUAUGCCACCGAAGGAUGCUUAGUUGAUAUGACUAAUCUCUUUAAUUCAAUGACUAGAGAUGGUAUUCGGCCUAACUGUCACACUUUGAACAUAUUGAUUAAUGCAUAUGCUAAAUUUGGCAUGAUGGAUGAGGCUAUGCUUAUAUUUAAAGGAAUGCGGAAACAGGGAGUGAGUCCAGAUGUAGUCACCUAUUCAACCGUAAUACAUGCAUUUUGCAAAAUGGGUAGCUUGGACAUUGCUAUGGACAAAUUUAAGCAGAUGACUGAUAUGGGAGUACGACCGAAUCCAAUUGUUUAUCAUUCCCUAAUCCAGGGUUUUUGUACACAUGGGGAUUUAGUGAAAGCAAAGGAGUUGGUUACUGAAAUGAGGAACAAAGGUAUGCGUCCUCCUGAUAUUAAGGUCUUCCAUUUGGUGAUGCAGAACCUAUGCACGGAAGGAAGGGUAACAAAAGCACGGGAUAUCCUUGACUUGAUAGUGCGCAUUGGUAUGAGGCCUGAUGUUUUCAUAUUUAAUAUACUGAUCGGUGGAUACUGCCUAGUCCGCAAGAUGGCAGAUGCAUCAAAAAUAUUUGAUGAUAUGGUGUCAUAUGGUUUAGAACCUUCUAAUAUUACAUAUGGUAUACUUAUUAAUGGCUAUUGCAAAAACAAAAGGAUUGAUGAUGGGCUGAUUCUAUUCAAAACAAUGUUGCACAAGGGACUUAAACCUACAACUUUUAAUUAUAACGUCAUACUGGAUGGAUUAUUUCUGGCUGGACGAACAGUUGCUGCAAAAGAGAAGUUUAAUGAGAUGGUUGAAUCUGGAGUAAGUGUGUGCAUUGAUACAUGCUCUAUAGUUCUUGGUGGACUUUGUAAAAAUAACUGCAGCAGCGAAGCGAUCACCCUGUUACGGAAAUUAAGCACAAUGAAUGUGAAAUUUGAUAUUACAAUUGUCAAUAUCAUUAUUGGUGCAUUCUACAGGGUCAAGAGAAACCAAGAGGCUAAGGAUUUGUUUGCUGCUAUACCAGCCAAUGGCUUGGUUCCUAAUGCUGUUACCUACACCAUAAUGAUGACAAAUCUUAUAAAAGAAGGUUCAGUGGAAGAAGCCGACAAUCUUUUUUUAUCAAUGGAGAAGAGCGGCUCUACUGCAAACUCUUGGAUGUUAAAUCAUAUUAUCAGAAGGUUACUGGAAAGAGGAGAGAUAGUCAAGGCUGGAAAUUAUAUGUCUAAAGUUGAUGUAAAGAGCUACUCACUUGAAGCUAAAACUGUUUCACUGCUGAUCUCUCUGUUUUCAAGGGAAGGGAAAUAUAGAGACCACAUCAAAUUGCUCCCUACAAAGUAUCAGUUUCUGGAAGAAGCAGCCACAGUUGAAUAG